CCUUUUUCUGACCACACCCUGCUCCACCUCUUGUUCUCUUCCACUCUUUCCUAGUAGCAACGUAUAAACAACAAAAAUGCUACGUAGACAUUCAGCACGAACCCGUAAUCGUUGUUCACCUGAUACGAGGAUGCCGUCGUUCAGUUGAAGGAUGAAGCUGCUGGGCAUAUGCGCACCUCGUGUCAUCAUAAGUGAAAAAGUUCUCACAUAAUAAAAUUUGUUCUUCAACUUGCAGUCGUGGACAUUUGGCCGCUGGAUCCCGCCUGGGCUUUGCUUCUACCGAGCCCGCCACCGCCGUUUCAGGAGGGGCACGACGCUGAGGUAGAGACCAGCGAGGCCGGGCACCUACCAUCACUGCCCCCACCGAGGCUGAUCAUGUGGGACGUCGAACCCGGCAGCCGUGAGGCCAUCGUCCGGGUCAUCCGCACAGUUGCUCCCGACACCAAAAGACUGGGCGGCAUACGGCUGCCGGACUGCGGGUUGGGAGACGACGAACUGCGGCAACUGCUGGAGGAACUACACCAAAGUGGCAUCAGAACUCACGAUGCCGACCGCACGCUUUGCAAAAGAGAAGCCGAUGGCCAAGUGUGGCUUCGCCUGACAGACGCUCCCCCUGGUGUGGGACGGCAGAGCAUUACGAUGGCUGUGGACCAAAUCCUCGCACAUCUGCAGUCCAUCGAUGACGAGGUCUUCGAGGCCGAGUGGCCGGAGUUGCAGAACGCCAUGUAUCACGCACGCGCCUCCGCACGGGACUGGCAGGAUGCGAUGCUGUGCCGUCCAUGGGAAGCGCGGCUCGCUAUCAAAGCCGCGAAAUUCACCGGCAGAGAGUUCAUGAUAAAGACCGGCCGUGACCUAGCAGCGGUGGCGCUCAUGCUGCCGCACAAUGGAAAACUGAACGUGACUGUGAAUUCGUCAUUGGAAGUCCUAGAUUCACCCGCGUGGCAGCAGAUUGCAUUGCACCACCAUGGGGAGUUGAAUCUCAAAUUUCCAUUUUUUGACGAUUAUUGCGGUCAUCCCGACCCCUGCGACGACCUCCUCCCGCCACUGGUCGGCAGCAGGUACAAUCAAAUUUCGAUUAUGGAGCCUGAACUCCUGGAGGUGGAGGAGCAGCGGCGGCUGCUGGCGCUUCUGCACGAGUCUGGUGUCCGCACCGACGGUUCAGGCGUCACGCGCAUCAUGUGUGGAUACGACGACGACAUUCGUCUUAUGAUUACCGAUGAACCUCCUCCUGCCAGCGACUUGGACCCAUCGAUCAAGAACGAUGGAUGCUGCCUUUGUUAG